UUGAUGCGGGCAGUAAGCGAACAACAGCUUCCGGUUUCACGAUAAGACGAACUCCAAAACUCGUCUUAUUUUCUUAUUUCGAGAAUCAUACCAUCAUUAUUUUUAUUUUAAAGACGACGUGGAAGCGUUUACUGGAUUAUAACGUAGAAUAAUGGCUUAUAAAUAUUUUAGUAUUGAUAAAAUAUGUGAACCGGAAGUACUUUUAGAGAUGCUUUCUAGAAUAGUUGCGCACUUUCUGGUUUGUUCUGGUGUAUUUUAUUAUGAAAUUCACUCACAUGUUGGCUUCUUACAAAGUGUGUCGACAUUUCAUCUGUUUAGUUUAAUAUGUAAUAGGUAUGCAUAUGUUUUACAGUAAAAUGGCCUACAAAACUACUGGUACAUUAUUGUUUCAUUCGUACAUUUUCAUAAGAGUAGUAAGUGUAUAAAUUAAUUAAAACUGAAAAUCUAAUUAGAAGAACUAGUAUUAGCUAGUAUUAGAAGUAUUAGCAGAAUGUCCCCUGUCAGUGCAUUAUAUUAUAUAAUAUAAUAUAUAUAUUACAUUCAGUGGGUGGAAAUAUGCUUUUAUUUUGGUACAAGUAGCCAGAAUUUAAAAAUAUUAUUUUACAAGUUAGAUAUUUUGCAUUUAUAGCGUAAUAACAGGUUAUAUUGGGCAAUAUGAGCAGCAAAAACUCAAAGACGCAAAAAGAAAAAAUAUUAUAAUAUUUGUUGUUGUUUUUUAUUGUUUGUAGCUGGGUAUGGUAUGGCAUACAAUUAAAACAUCAAGAUUGUAUAACAUCUUGAUCUAGAAAGUACCCCUCCUACAGCUUUCAAAUGAAUCUAGUGAAGUAAAACUACAACAUAAAGUAUAAAUGAAUUAUAAAGCAUGUAAUGGACAUGCUCAUUGUAUUGCAUUGUGUUGUUUUGUGUUGUAUCAGGCCUGUUAUAUAGGCAGGGAGCGGAUCAGCUGACUGACUGAGCAGGGAGGAGGAGCUGUGAAACUUUGCUGCAGGCAGUUAGUUUCUGUGCUGAUGGAGGUUACGUUUUAACAAUUCAAUUCGUCUUCGAGCACGUUAAAACCGAGUGGGGAUAGAAAACGGAUCCAAGCCGCUGUAGGACAUUUAGUGUACCGACCAAUCUGUGUUUAUUGUUUAUUACAAUGGGGAGCUGGAAGAGUCACGUCCGCGCUCGACUGCAACACAGGGACCAAACUGAGAAGGUGCCCUAUGUCGGGGUCUUCACUAGCUUGUCUCAGCUGGAGGAACGGUUUGAAAUUCGCAAACAAAUAUUGGAUGAUGUUCAGUCAAAGAGUGGAGUUGAAGUCGGGAAAAACACCAAACUCCUUCAACUCCAACUGAGAGAGAGUGAACACCUGGCUGAAAAGCUGUCUCAGACCGUCUCUGAGCUGACCACCGUCCUGUAUCUGAAAGAGGCUGAACUGCAGUACUGGCAGUCACGUGUGUCCCACUACCGUCAAGAGGCACUUACUCUGGCUAAAGGGAGUAAUACCCUGAAGGCGGCCCUUUCAGAAUUCGAGUUUACAGUAGAGUGUCAAUCCAAAGAGCUGGCAGCCCUGCGUGCGGAGCAGAAAGGACUUAAGGAAGCAUUGGGACAGGCUUGGAGAGAGAAAGAGGAACUCUUGCAACGAUGGAUGGAGGAGAAGAGGGAGGAGGCAGACAGGUUGAAUAAGUACAACGACACGCAGGAAAGGUGGCAACAUUUGGCCAAACAGCUAAAGAAGCAACUUCAUAGGGAAGUGGGAAAAGAGCAAGUUCCCAUAGUGCCGAGUCCUUGGAGUGGUCCAUCAGAAAUGUCUCCAUCGGUCAUUCAGAGGAUUAAUAAUACAACAGAGAUGCACCAGGGGCACACAGACCACAACCAUGUUUCAGCUGUUGAAGAAGUCUAAUAUUCCCAAGAGAUCCUCAGCACAAGCAUUACCUCUCUGUCAACUUCUCCUGUGCUUGUAGUUGGAAGAAUUGAUUGCACAUAUGUGACGCCAGGAUCGUGGAACAACCCUUUGCAACUGGAAGUGUUAUGAUGAGAUGGUUUCUUAUCUGUAUCUGUUUGUUUGUAAGUACCUGCAUGUAAAUGUACCUAAAAGUUGAUUUAAAGAUCAGUUUAAUUUAGAGUUUGUUAGAGUAUAACUAAACUCAACCCUAGUAAUUUCAAUUACACUCCAGCUAACUCAUCACAUCUGGAGGUACAAAUUUACAUUCCUCACUAAAUCAUUUUUACAAUCCCUUCAGUUGUACCAUUUGAGGUGAAACAACCUCUGUUCAUGUAGUUCAUGUCAUUUAAAUUGCAGGAGCUGGUGUUGUUGUACUGUCAGGGCUUGGUAUUAGUGACUAUGUGCCUAUUUCAGCUUUUAACUUUAUCUUUAUUUGAAAAGAAAAUCAUGAAUAUGUUUUAUUAACUAGGUCAAAAAGUGUAUUUGAUAAGAAUUUCAUAACCUGAGACCUUUUGUUAAGGCUUACUUUGUAACAUAAUUUGAAAUAAUUUUUGAAAAAUUAACCUUUCUUAUUCAAAUGGAAAAUGUUAAAUGUUAUUUUAAAGAAAUGUGAAUUGUUGUUUUUCUAUAUGUAAAAAAAAAAAUAAAGUCUGC